AUGGGCAGGUUCAACUUUAUCAGCGGAACAGAGCCAGUUUUGGAGAGACGGCCGUUUCUCGCUUUAGACUAUAGCACAACCGCCGGAGGAACAGGCCAUAUCGGCUUUCUUUGUCACAAACAACCUAUACUCGAGAAGAACUUGCGAAAGGCCAUGUCAGAUAACACGUUCAGCACUCUGAAGUCCGAAUCAACCGUUUAUGAAUUGUGUGAAGAUGAGCAGUGGACCUACUGCAAGUAUCGAGAUGCACAAGGGACUGAACGAAGGAUUCGCGCGCGAUUUUUCGUCGGUGCGGAUGGCAAGACGGGGUUCACACGGAAACAGUACCUGGAACCAAAAGGUGUGCAUAUGGAGAAGGUUACUGAGUAUGUGGCAUAUGCUAUUCCCGCAGAUUCCAUCACUGACACUAUGAAUAGGGAAUUUUAUGAAGAAACUUGGGUAGCGCUAAACUGGCAAAUCACCUUGCCCACACCUGAAUCGCACCCCGAGUUUUCCUUGUGGACGUUGGGAUAUACUCCGGAUGAAGUAUACGACCUUUUCUUUCCUUAUGAAUUCCGCUUCCUUUGCAACCCUAAUCGUCCUGCGGUAUGCGGACGAUUCGGUCUUCAAACAGACCGGCUGUGGAGAUUCGAAUUUGUCGUUCGUCCAGGAGAGGAUGGCUACGAGAUGGCGAAACCCGAAUCAAUAAAGAAUAUUGUCUUCCCUAAUGUGACACAUCAGGGAAGCCGAUAUGGGUAA